UCUAGGUUUUUGAAGAUACGGAAUACAGUUAGGACAACUGUUUAAAUGUCUCUGUUUAUUAAUUCUGUCAUUUGUGUCAUUUCUGGGUGAGGCGAUUAUCAAUCUUAUACUGAAUGAAAAAAAUUUUCUUCAAGUUGCAUAUACUCCAAGAAAAACCCCCAAAUGUUUUUAUAUUUUGCCUGAAUACAAAAUUUAAACAAGAAGUUUCCACAGAAGGUCUGUGGCCGUCACCAUGUUCUGGAAGUUCGACUUGAACACCACGUCCCAUGUCGACAAGCUGCUGGAUAAGGAGGACGUGACGCUGCGGGAGUUAAUGGACGAAGAUGACAUCUUGCAGGAGUGCAAGGCUCAGAACCGGAAGCUGCUGGACUUCCUGUGUCGGCCGCAGUGUAUGGAGGAGCUGGUGAGCCUCAUCACACAGGACCCGCCCCUGGACAUGGACGAGAAGGUCCGCUUCAAGUACCCAAACACGGCCUGUGAGCUGCUGACGUGCGAUGUGCCGCAGAUCAACGACAGGCUGGGUGGGGACGAGGCUCUGCUGAACCUCCUCUACGACUUCCUGGACCACGAGCCGCCUCUCAAUCCUCUGCUCGCUAGUUUUUUCAGCAAGACCAUUGGCAGUCUCAUCGCAAGGAAGACGGAACAGGUGAUUGUGUUCCUGAAGAGGAAGGACACGUUCAUCAGCCUGGUCCUGAAGCACAUUGGCACCUCGGCCCUCAUGGACCUGCUGCUUCGCCUGGUCAGCUGCGUGGAGCCUGCUGGGCUCCGGCAGGAAGUCCUGCGGUGGCUCAAUGAAGAGAGGAUCAUCCAGAGACUCGUGGAAUUGAUCCACCCCAGGGAGGAUGAAGAUAGGCAGUCCAACGCUUCCCAGACGCUCUGUGACAUUGUCCGGCUGGGCAGGGAGCAGGGCAGCCAGCUGCCCGAGGCCCUGGAGCCGGACCCCCUCCUCGCAGUGCUGGAGUCGCAGGACUGCGUGGAGCAGCUUCUGAGGAACAUGUUUGACGGGGACCAGACGGAGAGCUGCCUCGUCAGCGGGACGCAGGUGCUGCUGACCUUGCUGGAAGCCAGGCGGGCUGGGACAGAGGGCCUGGUGGACACCUAUUCUCAGGGACUGGAGAGGCUGUGCCCCGUCAGUGGCAGCGUCCUGCACGGCAUUGAGCCGAGGCUGAAGGACUUUCACCAGCUCCUGCUCCACCCGCCAAAGAAAGCCGCAAUCCUGACCACCAUCGGCGUGCUGGAGGAGCCCCUCGGGAACGCCGGCCCCCCCCCCCCCCCCCCCCCCCGCCUCAUGGCUGCCCUGCUGCACACCAACACGCCCAGCAUCAACCAGGAGCUCUGCCGGCUCAACACCAUGGGCUUGCUGCUGGACCUGUUUUUCAAGUACACCUGGAAUAACUUCCUGCACCUCCAAGUGGAACUGUGCGUGGCCGCGAUUCUCUCCCACGCCCCCCGGGAGGACAGGGCUGAAGCCAGUGGACCCGAGAGCGGGGACUCGGAGAGCCAGCUGCCUGCUGCCAGCCACCCCGAGAGCACGAUGGUGACCCAUCUAUUCCAGAAGUGCUGCCUGGUCCAGAGGAUCCUGGAGGCCUGGGAGGCCAAUGACCACACACAGGCAGCAGGUGGCAUGAGGCGCGGGAACAUGGGCCACCUCACCCGGAUCGCCAACGCGGUGGUGCGGAACCUGGAGAGGGGUGCCAUGCAGACGCCCGUCGGCGAGGUUAUCCAAGGGCUGCCUGCGGAUUGCCGUGGGCGCUGGGAGAGCUUCGUGGAGGAGACGCUGACGGAGACCAACCGCAGGAACGCCGUGGACCUGGUAAGCACCCACCUCCACCCCUCGAGCGAGGAUGAGGACAUGGAGGGCGUGUUCCCUAACGAGCUGUCCCUUCAGCAGGCCUUCUCCGAGUACCAGGUCCAGCAGAUGACGGCCACCUUCGUGGACCAGUUUGGCUUCAAUGACGAGGAGUUUGCAGACCAGGACGAUAGCGUCAACGCUCCCUUCGACAGGAUCGCAGAGAUAAACUUCCACAUCGACGCCGACGAGGACAGCCCCAGCGCGGCUCUGUUUGAGGCCUGCUGUGGGGACCACAUCCAGCCCUUUGACGACGACGAGGACGAUGACAUCUGGGAGGACAAGGAGGCCCACUGUGCUGCCCGGGGCCUGGGCAGAGCCAGGUUUGGGGGCCCUCCCGCCACAGAGAGCUGCCCAGAGAACGGCCUGGCGCGUGGAGACCGGGAUGGGGAGGAAGCCAAUGGAGAUGUGGCUCCAGCAGGGGCUCCUCAAGCCGCUGCCCAAAAGGGCAGUCCUCAUGUGGAAGGUGGCUCAGAAGGUGCCACGUGGACGGUGUUUGAUGAGCCAGCGAGCUCGACCGCUGCCACCCCGGGAGUGGCAAUGGACGUGGGAUCCAGUGUGUGGGCAGCCAGGGCCCCCAGCACCACGGCUCUGGAGGAGAAAGGCUGGGCCAAGUUCCCCGACUUCCAGCCCUUCUGCUGCUCCGAGUUGGGGCCCAGGUGCAGCUCCCCAGUGGACGUAGGACCCGGCGAUGCCCAGGGCGGCCUGAGCCAGGGCCCAGAGAGAACCCUUGGCUCCGCCUCCCCAUGCGCCUGGAAUGUGUGUGUCUCCAGGGACGCUCCUCUGGUGGCCUCCGGCAGUGAUGAGGACGAGCAGGUGGCUGUCACCUCAGAGGCUGUCAGUAUGGGUCCCGGCCAGGAGGCCCCCCCACUGCCCACGCCGGUCCCCAGGGCUGCCAGCACGCUACCAGGUCCCACCUCUGCACCUGCAGAAGCCACCUCCACACUGGCUGGGGCUGUCCCCCCCGAGGCAGCCUCCACAGCUCUGAGCAAGGCCAGUCCUGCCCCAGGCCCCGCAGGGGUGCUGGCUGUGGCAGUGCCCCCAGGGCCCAUGGUGGCCGUCACCACCACAGCCACAGCCAGCCCAGCGGUCUCCACAGUGGCCAUUCUGGGGACCGUGACAAAGGACAGGAAGACAGCUGCCCCGCCAGCAGGAGCCGCCUCCAAUGGCCCCGUGUGAUGCUGCCACCCAGCCAGGGCGCGCCCUUAAUCGAUACCUACCUGGUGAUGCAAUUUGUCUUUUUUAAUUUAAUUUAAUUUUAAAAUAAAUGCUGCAUUGGUAAAGCUGGCAGUUGGACCCAGUCGGACGGCCCAGCUCGCGUCGCUCCUGCCUGACCCCAUGCACAGCAAUAAGGCUUCAGAGUGCGCUCUGCCUGCCAGAGCCAGGCCACAACCCUGGUGCCACAAGGACUGAGGCGUGAUGGGCGCGGACGCCACAGGCUGCCAGCCUGUUUUUACCGAUUUUUAAACAAACGCAGAGAGAGCCGUGUUUGCACUUUGUAUCUGGCUGCAGUGAAGGGUCUCCCUGACUCGGGACAGAUGCAUGUCCAGAGCUGGGCUGGCCACACAGGUCUUAGCUGCCCAGGGGCCCUGGGAGCUGGCCUCUAAGCCAGGAUGCAACAUUUGACUGCCUUAAAAAUAUCGAGACCCUCACAGCCCGGCAGGGGUAUCCCAGCCCUGGCACUCCGGUGCAUUUGGGCACCUGGCAAGAGCUGGCCAUGGGCAUGCAGGAGGGGGCAGGGGCGGAGACUGGCCCCAGCAGUGCUGGGUGGGUGGAGUCUGCACCCGCUGGGGCAGUGCCAUCGUCCUGGAAGGCCUGCAGAGUGUGUGAUGCUGAGUCCAUUUUUAAUGUUCUGAUGAUCUCUGACAGGGCACCCAAACCCCAACUCCCAAUAAAGUUGUGUUAUUCUUACUGA